UAGGUGCAGCGAGUUAAAAUCAGCUAAAUAAGUGCGCGCCGGUCGCGUUCGUGUCAGUCGAACACAAGUGCAUGGAAGUGUCAGUCGCGUUUUACUUGUGCAGCAAGCAACGUUACGAUAGAGUACAACUGUAAAACUACAGUAUUCGAGUGCGUGGUGGUAGUACGAGGAUUGCUAACAUACCAUUUUUCGAUGGCUUGUAAGAUGGACAUAUUGUUGGCAAAUGGUGCAAGAAUGCCUGCACUGGGAUUUGGAACUUGGCGAGCAUCUGAUGAAGAGGUAGAAAAAGCGCUGAAUGAGGCUCUUAUAGCCGGUUACCGCCACAUCGACACAGCUCCAGUGUAUCUCAACGAAAAGAUGAUCGGAAAGGUACUCAAACAGUGGCUAGAGGCUGGGAAAUUAACCCGAGAGGAAUUGUUCAUUGUAACCAAACUACCACCACACGGUACGAGAGCUUGUUCGGUGGAGAAAUUUCUCAAGCGAUCUCUUGCCGAUCUUCAGAUGGAAUAUGUGGACUUGUAUCUUAUUCAUGUACCAUUCACUGUUCCAGAAGUAGAUGGUCCCUUUCUCAUGAAUGAGGACAAGGAAAUCGUGCUUGAGACGACAACAGAUCAUAUUGCGCUGUGGAAGGCUAUGGAAAAAGUACGAGAGGAUGGCCUCGCACGCAACAUAGGCCUAUCGAAUUUCAACCAGCGGCAAAUACAAAGAAUCAUCGAUAAUUGCCAAAUAAAACCAGCUAAUCUGCAGAUUGAGAAUCACAUUUAUUUGCAACAACCGGAAUUAGUGAAGUUUUGUAAAUCUAAUGGUAUCAGUGUCACGGCUUACUCGCCACUUGGAUCGAAAGGAAUCGAAACGUUGCUAAACCGUGAGGUUCCAAAUCUACUAGAAAAUCCGGUGGUAAAAGAAAUUGCCAAUAAACUGAGGAAAUCAGUCGCUCAAGUCUUGUUGCGUCAUCUACUGCAGCGAGGAAUUUCUACGAUUCCGAAAAGUACAAACGCCAAGCGUGUACGGGAGAAUAUCGAUUUAUUUGAUUUCAAAAUUGAGGAUUCAGAUAUGGCUUUGUUGGAUGCACUUGAUCAGAACAUUCGUAUAUGUGAUUUUGGAUUUUUCCCGGGUAUCUCAAAACAUCCGGAGUUUCCUUUCUAACUAGGCAACGCAAGUCCGAAUUCUGCGCUGACGAGGAAAUAUUACAACGCUGCCGAUGGACCAUCAACAUCGCUGUUACAAUUCUACCGAUGAACAAUCAAUAUUGCUGUAAAAUGCCUUCAGGUCAAAACACAGGUACACGGUAAAAAAAGGGCACGUUUUUUUCAAAGGAUUCUGCAUUUAACUUAAUUUGUAACAAAGCACUACGAAUUGAAGGGAAUGCGUAUUGAUUUUCAAGUGAUGCAAUUGUAUUGUUUUGCACGCUACGAAUGUCAAAACAAAACGAAGAUGGCGAACCAAAUAAACACCCUUCAAACGC